UGGAGUUCUGCGCCCCCUUCCCUCUGAGCCGCCAGGCGCAGCUGGUGGGAGGGGCGUGGCGGCCAGGCUCCCUAGGCAAGGAGGAAGCCGGAGGCAGGGGCCGAGGAGGGUGAGAUACCCUGGGGUCGCGCGGGCUCUAUCAGCGCCAAGCAGGACUGUCCCAGGGCGGGGCAGCAUCUCCCUGAGCCUCUUAUCAGCCCCAGAGUCCACAGGACGCUCCUGAGUUAACGUGUAACCACACGCCAUCCCCACCACCCUCAAAGCCAGCAGUGCCCACAUGCAGGCCACUGUGGGGGCUGCAGGCCGACAUGGACGCCCGGAAGGAGGGGCUGCCCCGGAAACCUCGCUUCUCAGCUCAACACCCACAGCCGCGCAUGGGCCUGGGGCUGCUCCCGUUCUUCCUCGCCUGUGCCGUCUACCUCCUCGUCCAGAACUCCACGGACCAGCCGUCCUGGGUCAGCGCCCUGCUCAAGAUCCUGCCCAUCCUCUACCUGGUGGGGUUCCUGGGGACCGCGUUCCCCUGCGGGGGCUACCGCUCGCUCCUGCAAGGGGCCCUGCUUUGCUCGGCCGUGGGGGACGCCUGCCUCGUCUGGCCUGAAGCCUUACUGUACGGCAUGGCUGCCUUCGGCCUGGCCCACGUGCUCUACCUCCGGGCCUUCGGCCUCAUGCCCCUGAAGCCUGGCCUCCUGCUGCCCCUCCUCCUGGUUUCCAGCCUCUACUUUGGGUUCCUGCAUCCUCACGUCCCGCCCCACAUGGUCUGGCCCCUGCUGGCUUACUCCACAGUCCUGGUCGCCAUGCUGUGGCGGGGCCUGGCCCGGGGCGGGAGUGCCCACUGGGGCGCCCUGCUGUUCGUGCUUUCGGACUCCGUGCUGGCCUGGAACACCUUCACCCACCGUGUGCCCCACGGCCACCUGCUGGUCAUGACCACCUACUACUCCGCCCAGAUGCUCAUCACCCUGUCGGCCUUCCAGAACCCCAGGCUCAAGUCCCACUGACUUGGGGCUGAGGUGGGCAGGCGUCCGCCCUCUCUCCUCCUGCAAGGACCCGGCCCUGCGCCACCCCCCCUCCCCCCAGACCAGUGAAGCCAGAGAAACAGCCUUGGGGGCGAGAGCGAGGCCCCCAGACUCCAGUGUGCCGGUUCAUCUGGAGACUAAACCGUUCCUGGAGUUCCGAGUCCACCGCCUUCUGAUUUCCAGGCCCUCAGCCAGACCCACGCUGGGUACCCCCAGCCCCUGGCCUACUUCUGUGACUCCAAAUGGUCUCCGCCU